UCUCUCUAGUUGUGGCAGAGGUGGGUCCUCUCUAGUUGUGGGGCACAGGCUUCUCACUGUGGGAGCCUCUCUUGUUGGGGAGCACAGGCUCCAGUGCACUUGGCUUCGGUGGUGAGGGCCCGGGGUCUAGAGGACAGGGCGGUAGCUGUGCCCCCGGGCUCACUGUCCUGCAGCACGCGCAUCCUCUAGGACCGCAUGGGGUCCUGUUGGCAAGUGGACUCCUCACCACUGAGCCUCCAGGGAAGCCCCUCAGGGAACGUUUAAGUACAUUGACAGGUUUGGAAACCUUCUUGAGGAUUAGGGUCCUAAACAAGUAAAAUACAUUCGGAGAUUACUGUUAAAAAUACCAUUUCAUUAACAGAUUAUUUUCUAAAUAACCUUUCACUCAAUACUAUAGUAUCAUCGGAACGAGUAGCCGGGUUCUCACCGUCCUUGGUUCUCACAGGAAGAAAGAGACAGAGGAACAGAAUGCCCAGUGGAAGCAACUGCCUGAAUGAAUGACUGAAACUCACUAGAUUCUGUGACAUAAGUCUCCAGUGACAGACACCAUCACUGAAUGUCCUUCCUCCAGCUCUGAAACUCUGAGCAGAAAAGUGCUGAACAGUAUAAAUAAAAGUGAUGAAUAAUAAAAACAUUCUCAUUUAAUUGACAUAUAUAAUCGGAUGGGUACAUUUGAAAUUAUUGGGAAAUAGGUAAACUUAAUACUUUAAACUGAUGACACUUUCUUUGAUCAUAUUGUGAAUACAUAAAUGAAAAUCAAAAAAGGAAGUGAAAGUGUAUUAAAACAAUUAGAAAAUGAAAAUUACCAUGUUCACUAUUUAAAGGCCUUGCUUAGAAAGCAUGGCAUCAGAGAACCUACCUCAAGGUUCCACCAGACACCGUCUCAGCCAGCCCAGCAGCAGCCGCAUCUUCCCCAUGGCCUUCGUGCUCUCUCUACUCAUGGCCCUGGUGCUGGUCAGCUAUGGCCCGGGAGGAUCCCUGGGCUGUGACCUGUCUCAGAACCACGUGCUGUUUGGCAGGAAGAACCUCAGACUCCUGGGUGAAAUGAGGAGAAUCUCCCCUCGCUUUUGUCUGCAAGACAGAAAAGACUUCGCUUUCCCCCAGGAGAUGGUGGAGGGCGGCCAGCUCCAGGAGGCCCAGGCCAUCUCUGUGCUCCAUGAGAUGCUCCAGCAGAGCUUCAACCUCUUCCACACAGAGCGCGCCUCUGCUGCCUGGGACACCACCCUCCUGGAGCAGCUCCGCACUGGACUCCAUCAGCAGCUGGAUGACCUGGACGCCUGCCUGGGGCAGGUGAUGGGAGAGGAAGACUCUGCCCUGGGAAAGACAGGCCCCACCCUGGCUGUGAAGAGGUACUUCCAGGGCAUCCAUGUCUACCUGCAAGAAAAGGCAUACAGCGACUGCGCCUGGGAAACCGUCAGAGUGGAAAUCAUGAGAUCCUUGUCUUCAUCAGCCAGCUUGUAAGAAAGGUUAAGAGUGAUGGAUGGAGACCUAAACUCAUCUUGAUACGACUCUCAGUGACUAAGAUGCCACAUCACCCUUGUACGCUCCUCUGAAGUCAUUUUAGAAGACUCUGAUUUCUGCUUUAGCCACCAUGUUUCCUGAAUUCAAUCAAUAGUACUUUCUCAGUAGCAAUAAGCAAGUAGAUAAUAAAAAGUAUUAAGCUGCACAGGGAUCAGUCCAUAAGGGAUGACUGCCAUGAUGUUAUUUAUG